AUGGCGCCGCCUGUUUCUUCCUCGAAGAUCACCCUCUCAUGCCCACUUUUCGCUGCCGACUUUGAUCCCCAAAACAAUGGCCUUCUUCUUGUUGCUGGAGGAGGCGGUGAAGGACGCAGUGGUGUCGGGAACAAAAUUUCCCUUUUAAACACCGCGCACCCUAAUAAAAUCACAGAACUCGUUGAGGUUGGACUAUCCAGAGAUGAAGAUUCUGUCAUGUCACUGGGCAUUGCUCAAUCAAGCCAUGAAUCCCUCGUGGCUUUCACAGGAAUCAAUAGCUCGCAAGCGGAGCAGAAGCAGAACAACAAUGAACAUUUACGGUCCUUCAAGCUGAACGUCCCACGUGUAAAACCAACGGCUGACAGCUCUAUUGUCGAUCAUGAUACUUUGUCCAAAUCGGAAAAAGCGCCCCAAACUACACCGUUAUCACGAGCGUCGUUGUUUAGAACCCGGGCUGUUAAGGACAAGAAAGAUCAAGAGGCUUACCAGAGGAUCUUGAGAUUGUCUCCUUGGAAAGGGAGCAAUUCACCUCGAAUCGCGGCAAUAGCAACUGGACUUGCACCGCAGGGCGAAAUCGUCGUAUUCAAUGCGAAUACUUCAACUCCACAAGAGUCCGACGUCAUUGGACGGGUGACGCUUGGGAACCAGGAAGAGGCCGAAGAUCUAGACAUCUUGGAUGUCGAUAAUGAGGGAAAUUUUAGGCUUGUGUAUUCCAAUGGUCCCUCGUUAUAUAUGUGUGAUGUGUCGGCAUCGAAAAAGGCAGAAAAUUUGCAGAUUGAAUGCAUAUAUACAGUUCCACCUGAAGGUGGAAGGAAGCCGAAAAUUCGCGCCGUACGGUUCCUCUCACCCACUUCGUUUGCUUUUUUGCAGAAUUCGGCCAAUCGGUCAGGAUGUGAAGUGGCAGUUCUCACCCUAAAGGGAUCUCGGGGUUCCGUUACUAGGAGACGGCGUCUUCACUCAUCCAUGAAGAUUGGUGUUGGAUUGGAUGUCUGUCGUCUCCCACAGUCAUCCAAGGAUUUACAUCCUUUCUCGAUGACCAGGAUCGCAUUCUCCAAUUUCAUCCCACCUUCUCACCCGGUUACAGCAGACGUUAAACCUCAGUAUAUCAAACUCGCCUCUGUCAGUGUUGGCAACACUGUCGUCGAACAUACUCUACCUCUCUCGCCAUACCCAACGGGUUCAAAACGCCCCCGCUACGUCCUCGUCACGCCAGGUCCAUCGGAGAUACUCCAAAAUCUAUUCAGCAUCAUCAUGGCUGUGAUUGUGGUUGGAUUGGGGGCUUUCUGCCUCCAGGCCUUCACCGAAAUCCGCGGCGGGGUUCCUCCUACCCUUGGCGCGAAAGAAUGGCUACAUCCUCGUCUGCGCGAUCUGAUCGCAAGGCCGUACAUGUUUGAAGACGGACGCCCUGGGCAGCAGCGUAUAUAUUCCCUACGAACCUCUACGGCGUCGACUGUAACUCAGGCCACUGAGACUCCCGUAAUUCAAACACCCACUCCACCACUUCGAGAUUUCCUUUCUUCAAAAGACGAUUCCCAGACCUUGUUCAUUCAGGAUCAUGGCGAUCAUGUCAGAGUUCAUGAACACAAGGGCGACGGACAAAACCAGGAGGGUAGGAAAUGGGAGGAUCUACCGCAUGAAGAGCGGGAAGCAUGGAAAACCAAACUGGCUGACUAUGGACACUGGGCUGCUGAAGAGGGAGAGGCCAUCCUGAGAGAUGCAGUCAAUGCUACAUCUAAAACUCCAGAAAAGAAUCCAAGAGCGUGCAAAGAAGAAAGGAUUGUUAGCGCCGGCGAGAAUGGCAAAUUAACAGGGCAAGUUAACAAUGGAAACCUGAAAACCGUGAGUGGAAUAUAG